UAAGCGCACUAUUCUUUGGCGGAUUGAGACACGUCUGAUAAGGCAGCGAAUGCUUGUCAGUUAUCCAAUCAGAGCGCAGUGAGGGCGGGGUUUGUCGGAAUACGCGUGUGUUCUGGAUGAGUGCGAGUGUGUGAGGAACAUGCGUGUUCAAUGUCACCCAGCAGCGGAGUGUGAGUGUGUUGUGCAGGAUGAAGAUCAGAUCCAAACUUUUCACUCUCCAGCAUCAUCUCAUCACUUCAUCUUAAUAAUUCAGGUCUAGAUCAGAUCACAGUCCAGUUUACCAGCAGUGGUUUGAUGGGAAAACGUAUUUGGCCACCUAAAAGCUCAUGAUCAGGUGUCCACAUACUUCUGCAGCAGCAGUGAGGAUCCAUCAUGGCAUCAGUCUGUGGUGGUUCCAGGUUCCUGGUUCUCUCGGUUCGGGUUCUGUUCGGACCGGGUCGCUCUGCACCAGUAACCAGAUCUCUGUCCUCAUCGGCACCACACUGUUCCCAUGAUUCCUUCCCCUCCAGUACCAGGAGAAGCCCGGGGACACGGGGGGGCAGUUCCUCAGACAGAGCCCGCAGGAACCUCUCCGCCGCCGCCGCCAGUUUCCUGAACCAGCAGCGUCCGCUCAGCCGCUACGACCCGCUGGAUCUGGGUGAGCUGGAGGAGAACACGCGGAAAGCUCUGGCCUGUAAACACCUGAGACGCUUCAUCGUGGAUCCGGCUCUGGCCAGGCUGGUGACCGAUCAUCUGACGGCAGAUAUCGAGGAGGGCAAAGCCGUCAUCUUCGAGUGCAACCCAGGACCUGGAGUGUUAACCAGAACGCUGCUGAACUGUGGCGCUCACAGAGUGGUGGCGCUAGAGAGCGAUAAACCCUUCCUCCCCGACCUGCAGGAGUUAGAGAGUAAACUGGACGGUCAGUUGGAGGUGGUGCACUGUGAUUUCUUUAAGCUGGACCCGAUUGGACAGGGCAGUAUGAAGCCCCCGGUCAUGUUCUCUGAGAAGCUCUUCACUGAUCUGGGGAUCUCUGAGGUUCCCUGGACUGCAGACGUCCCGGUGAAGGUGUUGGGGAUUUUCUCUCAGAGGAACGAGAGGAACCUGCUGUGGAAGCUCAUCUACUCUCUGUUCCAGCGCCAGUCGGUGUUCCGAUACGGCCGAGUGGAGCUCAUCAUGUUCAUCAGUGAGAGAGAGUACACUAAGCUGGUCUCCAGACCCGGUGAUAACAGGAACUAUCAGGCUCUCAGCGCUCUCUGGCAGAUGUCAUGUGACAUCGAGCUGCUUCAUCAGGAACCGUGGUCGUCUUUUGUGACGACGUCGAAGAACGGAGGACUGGCCAUCCCCAAAAGCAGCCAUGUUCCUAACGAGCACCUGUGUUUGGUGAGGAUGACGCCGCGGGAGGAUUUCUUCACCGGUCCCGUCACGCCCUUCAACAGCAGCACGCUGGUGAUGAUGGUCAAACAGUGUCUCGCCAAGCGCCGCUGCAGACUCAUCGACAAGCUCAAUUCCUGGAGCUCGGGGAGCGGGCGGGACGUCCUGCUGCAGAUGGGGCUGUACGAGGACGUGCUGACGGGACAGGUCUACCCCGGCGAGUACAAGCGGCUGUUCGAGCUGAUGGAGAGAUCUGAGGAGUUCACACAGAGCUGGCUGUACGAGGAGAUCCUGGAGAACACCAAGAACACCGGCUGUGGAUAAACACGCGCGCACGCUAAUGCUAACCUGCACAGAGACGCUCGCGGGCCGGGGCGGAGCGAUACGAUACGGAACGAUACACUGUGAUGAUGAUGAUGGUACCGCUGAUUCAGCUUCAUCCUGCAUCAUCACAACACCAACAGUUCAAAAGUAUCUGGACACUACUAUAAAUAUAUAACCUUAUUUUUAUUUACAGAAAUACAUUAAAUAAUAAACAAGUCCACACUUCUACUGAUCAAUCAAACUACAAGAGCAAAAGUUUGUGGACGCCUCACAUUAAUACACAGUCGCUGCUCAUUUGUUCACUGUGAGAGCUUUCUACAGGAUCUGGAAACAUGACUGCAGGGAUUUAGUAUCAAUUACAAUGAAGUCUCCAUGUUAGUCCACAUACCUUUAACUGUGCUGUCCAUCACUAACUGUUACUGUUUACUUCUACACAUUAAAGUAAGGUGUGGGUUAAAUGCUCCUCGUAGCGCGUGUGCAGUCGAUUAGCAGGACGCUACAAAGCUAACGCUGCUAAUGAACUAUAAACGCCUGUGAGCUGCAGCUGAGUGUUCUGAACAUCGCUGGUCUGGAGCGUUACUGAUACUGAGACGUGGGUUUGAAUUAUUGUGAUAUAUGGUAGAAGUGAUAAUCAGGACAGACCUCCAGCUCUACUGCAGUAACUCAUCAGUGUUCAGGAUUCAUCAGAAUGAUUUAAUAAAUAUAAUAAAUAUAAAAUACGUUUCUCAUGAGAAUUCUGAUGUUUUUUUUCUUUUUGUUAAUUUAUAAAAACAUUAAAUAUAAAUUUGUAAUAAAGUUUAAAUGUAAUAAAA